CACGCUUCUUCAUUUCAAUUCAGUUUCCUUGUUGAUCACUCCAAUCCAAACCCAACUCCAGGGACAAUCCCCCCCUCGCGCCGCGCAAAUCUACUUAAUCAGUCAAUCAAGCACCUGCCCCCUCGACUCCGAAAUCCGGGGAAGCUCGUCCACGGCUUCGCGGCCAACCUCUACCUCGCGACAUUCACAGCAGCACCAUAACGAAAAAUCCCAACCCCAGAGCCCAAUCGCCCUCCCUACGCAUCCACGAGCCAACGGCCGAAAUACGAUUUAAUCUUCCGAUGCGGUAUUCCCGCUGCAACACCUCAUACCUACCGCCAUCGCCGCCUCCGCCUCCGCACCGCCCGCAUCCACUGCGCUCAUGAAGCCAUCCUCGACCGUACAACCGGGUUCAGGUCUGUUGUGGCUGUUGUUUGAAUCAUGUCGGAUUCAGUGGAUCGCGUCUUCGUCCACGCGCUCAACACGGUGAAACGCAUCCCCCGCACGGGGACGGCGCGCCCGCCUGCGUCUGAGCGGUUGAAGUUAUAUGGAUUGUAUAAGCAGAGUAUGGAAGGCGAUGUCGAAGGCGUCAUGGACCGGCCGGUGGGGAAUACCUCGGAUGUGUUUAUGGAGUGUGAGAAGUGGGACACUUGGUACGCCCAGCGCGGCCUCUCCCGCACCGAGGCUAAACGCCGCUAUAUCUCUACCUUGAUCGAGACGAUGCACCAGUAUGCGUCGCAGACGGCUGAGGCCCGUGAGCUCGUCGCUGAGUUAGAGUUCGUUUGGGAUCAGAUUAAAUCUAAUACUGCUUCGUUGUCUUCUUCUUCAUCUAGUGAGGAGGCUGUGCGGAGGAGGGCGGGGUUGGGGGGUGAAGGGGAUGCUGGGGUUGGGGCUGGUAGCAGUGCGUCAGCGACGGGGCGUCGGUUGUCGCGCGAGGAGUAUGCGAGGUUACUUCUUGCAGCGUCGGUGUCGGAAAGGGCCGAGUCGCCUCGUGGAGGUGGAUAUGUCCGGGAUGAUCAUGGGGGUUCCGGCUUGAGAGUGCUCAGUCCUGUGAGUCAACCCGGCGUGUAUUCACGGCGUGGUGAGGAGGGUGAUGGUGUUGAGAGACACAAGGAAAACGACGACGAUGAAGAAGACGAGGAAGAAGUCUACGCCGAGGCCCAAGAUAAUCUCUACAAUGACGACGAUAAUCGCGACGAGGACCCCAACAACUACCCGCGACAGCAACAACCACAUAACUAUAACUACAAGGUCGAAACAGAAGACCCCCCCGAUCCCCCGUCGAGGGGCCGCCCGCAAUCCUGGCGUCGCCGAGUCGAGCAGGCCUUGACCACGAUGACGGCCGAGAUCGCCGCCGUGCGCGAGCAGAUGGAGGCGCGCGCCCGCGCCCAGCGCCGCCGCUCCGGCCUCUGGGCCUGGAUCCGCUGGUUCCUGUGGGUGUGUCUCCGCCAGAUGAUGGUUGAUCUCGCCCUCCUUGGGGUGCUGUUACUGUGGCUGCGCCUCCGGGGGGAUCGACGGCUGGAGGUCGUGCUGAAGGUUGGUUGGGCAGAGGUUAAGAGUCGCUUAGCGAGGACAAGUAGACUCUUGCUCGCGCGUCCGAGACCUCGAGGGGAUUCUUGAGGUAUUUCCCUGGGGGUAGAACCUUCGAGGUAUUGCCCUUGAAGCAUUCCCCUCAAAGUAAUCCCCUCAAGGUCUGGUGUUUGAUACGAUCUCUCUUUAGAUCCCUUUUGGGCUCCCGUUUCUUUUGUUUCACGUACAUAUCUAUAUAUCUCUUAUCUUUCUCUGCAUGUAUGCGUGACAUCUUGAUGGUGGAUACGUUUUCUUUCUUCGGUGAGUUUUCCUUGUUAUGAGUGAGUGGUUGAGAGCGCUCUGCAUUCCGAGUGCGUCUGGAUCUGUGUCAAUUGGUCGGUC